CCCCGGCUCCGCCGCGCUCCUCCACUCCAGCAGGAGGCGGGAGCUGUCGCCACCGCCCCGCCGGGAGCCGCUCUCGCCCAGCGCCGCUUCCGGGCCGGGCCUCGGUUAUGGCGGCGGGCGCCAGGAAGGCCGUGUACCCGCUGUUCCAGCGGGGCGGCCCGCAGCUGCGGAUCUUCCGGCCCAACUUCUUCAUGCUGGCUGUGCGGCCCGGCGUGCCGCAGCCCGAGGACACCGUCCAGUUCCGCGUCUCCAUGGAAAUGACAAAAGUGGAUAUCAAGAAUUACCUUGAGAAAAUAUACAAUGUGCCGGUAGCUGCUGUGAGGACCAGGAUUCAGUAUGGUGCAAACAACAAGAGGAAUCACAAGAAUCAGAGAGUGAAGAAGCCAGAUUACAAGGUUGCCUACGUACAGCUGGGCCAAGGACAAACCUUUCAGUUUCCCAACCUAUUCCCAGAGAAAGAACAAGACACUGAAACUCGCUCUUUUGAUGACUUCAAGAAUAAAUACAUGGAGAGAGAGAAGCAGAGGCAGAAAGGUGACCCCAAACGAGGUGGAGUCCCCGACUGGUUUGGAUUUUGAUGCAACAAGCCAGCUGCCUUUCUUAGGCUCAGAGGGAUUUUGAUCAGCAGAACUUGCACUCUUCCCUUUUUGUAAUGACUGAAUGUUUAUUCUUGAGCAGCCCUUGCUAGCAUGUCUUUUUUCCUGGCUGUUUGUGCAUGACUAGAACAAAAUGGCCCUAAAGAAAUAAAAAGGUAAAAUAAAUCUGACUGCA